CAUUUAGAAGUGUCGCUGCCGUUUGAAAGAUGUGCGGAAAAUAUUAUUUAGGGGCGCCUGGUCUGCAGGAAAUAUAGCCACGUAUUUUCCGACUUGUAUUCAGGCAAAUGCUUUUAAAAUAUUUAUAUAUAUACACAUGUAGGCAUACUGUACUAUAGAUUAGUUAGUUAUAUAUAUAUUCAUAAUAAUUGUUAUUCAGCUAAUGUAUACAAGCUAGCCAACGUAGUUACCAACGACAACCCAGCUACAUGUUAGUAGCGGACUUGCGCUAGCUAGUUUGAUGUCGCCUAGCUUGGUUGUACUUUGUAUAGUAAGCAGUGGCACAUCUGUGGUUUUUGGUAGUCGCCGUAUUUGCAAAUUGAAUAAUAGAACGAUUUAUUGUCAAGUGAAGAGGUACUGAGUGAGAAGUGAGUAACGGUAGAAUUAUUGUUGCCAAACAGAAGGAAAUGCGGACGUGGACUGGUUAGCAGCUUUGUUAUAUAGCUACCGUGUAGCUAGCUCGCUAGUUGUUAUGCUAAACGUUAUAUUGGAAUUUUAGACGUUAUGUGCAGUAUCAGUGAAAGUCAUUUGUAAAGUGAAAGAUGAAGGCUAUGGAAAGAAAUGUAAUUCGCCUUGCUGUUGUGCAACACCUUCGUGCUGUUUAUGGGAUCAAAAUAAAAAAUUGGAACAGAAACAAAGGACGUACAAGCUAUAAGUUGACCGCUAGCCACUCGGUGAAGGUGUUUGGUCUACCUCUGGAGAGCCUUCCACAGUACAGUGUGGAGAAUGGCAGUGUACCAUGCUUUCUAAUGGAUGCGUGCACAAGUCUACUGGAGCAUGUGGACACAGAGGGAUUGUUCCGAAAAUCUGGCUCCAUUGUCCGUCUGAAAGCACUCCGGGCAAAGCUGGAUAAUGGCGAGGAAUGCUUGUCAACUGCCCUUCCCUGCGACGUGGCUGGCCUGGUUAAGCAGUUUUUCAGGGAGCUGCCGGAUCCUGUUUUACCUACGGAGCUGCAUGAUGCCUUUUUAAAGGCUCAGCAGCUGUCCACAGAAGAGGAGAGGACCUUUGUCACACUGCUGCUGUCUUGUGUACUGCCUGACCGAAACAUGAACACCCUGAGUUACUUCUUUGGUUUCCUCCAUAAGGUCUCUCGAAGGAGUGCAGUAAAUAAGAUGGACAGCAGUAACCUGUCUGUGAUCCUCGCUCCCAACCUCCUGCAUGCUGGUGACGGUGCAGACAAGAUAAACACCAGCACAGAGAAACGCCUCAAGCAGCAGGCGGCCAUCAUCUACUGUCUUAUAGAACACGCUUCAAGCUUUGGUGUGGCCCCUCCGUUCAUCAUGGAGAAGAUUCCGACCAUGCUGGGCUGUGAGGCUAGUGUUCUGUCCCUGACUCCAGAUGGACUAGAUGAGUUGGACUCAAACUCAGUGGCCAAAAAGAGAUGUAGGCGCAGUUUAGGAGAUGUGGUCAGUGGAGCUCUGAAUAAGUUAAAAACAAAUAGAACACCCACAAAUACUCCUCAGUCAGACAGAUGUGUAUUUUCCUCUGCAACUCCUGUGAUAGCUACUCCCAGCUCCAAGAGAAAACCUCCUAUGGAAUCUGGUCAGAGUUAUGGAUUCUCCAACAAGAAAAGGAGAUCCAUCAUAAAGAACCUAGGUUUAGAAUUAAUGCCUAAUGCACUGUUUGGGGGAAGCUCCACUCCUGGACCAGGGCACCUGAACCCCAGUGCCUCAGAAUCCCUUGAUUCCUCCCAGAAUGCAGUGGGCUCAGUUGGGAGGUCCAGCAGGCAGUCUGCCAGCUCAGCAAGGAGGAAGAGCAAAAGACUGAUUCACCGACAUGUUGUCAGCAGAGCUGAGUCGGGGAAGGCGGGUUGCUUCUCUCCUAAGGCCACCAAGAAAGAAAAUGUUCGAAAGUCCCUUCGCCUGCGUUUUAGCCUGGGCAAGAACAGCAGAGAUCCUAGAGAGGGUUCAGAGGCCAUUGGUUGGCGACUUGCCACUCAAGAGAGCACCACCAGUUUUCGCUUAACCAAAGAUGCAGAAUUUAGCCCUGCUGUUUUGCGAAAUAAGAGCACUUCGAAGGGCUCUAAGUUCUACAGUAAGUCCGAGGACAACCUGUUGACCCCCCAGUGUGGCAGCGUUGUUCUGCAGACGUCUUGGAGCGGGGAGACCCCUGACGAGGGCCACGUCUUCAGAGGAGGCUCCUUCACCGACACCCCUCUCAACAGGGGUCUGAAGGACAACUACUGCUCCGAACCUACCAUCAUAGUGGGCAAGCCCCCCAUCGUGGCCAGCUUUCCCAAGAAGCUGUGCUGUGCCUCUAGCGCUGAGAGCCUGGAGCUUGAGGGCUCCUUCAGCCAGAGACUGACUGUGCCCACCUUGCUGAAGAACAAAAGUGCCUGUCCAUCAAUUGAGUCAGGCUGUGACUUGAAGAAGAUCCUGGGAGACCACAGCGCCCCCUUAGAUGAGGACAAGACAUCACAGCCUGACAACACUCAAACAGAGUCUGCUCUUUUGGAAUCUUCUAUUCUCACAGGGGUAUCUCCAAAUAAAGACAUUUGUAGCAUGCCAACACCUCCGAGGCACCCGGCUGAUGAGCAGAACGUCACAUUUGGUCAGAUGACGUUUGUCCCUCUCUCUCCCUUGCAUAUUGACAGUGCCCUGUUUGAAAGAGGGUGUGGUAGUCCGUCAGGGAAAGGGUGUGACCGUUCGCUGUGUCCUUGUGACGUGGAUGGCGAUGCCGAGACAGUGCCCGAGCAGGUGAACUUCAGCAGCCUGAUCGAUGCCUUAGACAUCCAGAGUCCGGCUCACUUCACACUCAGCGCUGCUGUUGGGGUUCAGUCGACUCCGUACAGAGCCUCUGGGCUGGAGCGCUGUGAGGAGCUCAACACCCCUCUACCCAGCAUGCCUUUAAUGGGGCUGUGUGAUGAUGAUGGUGUGUCAUCACCAGGACUCAGUGCUCCCCCCCAGAGGCAGGAGCCGAAGCUGCCUUCCCCAGGCACUCCGGAGAUCCCCGUAGUGAGGGUGGCUGACCACAUUCAGCGUUUCAACAAGCUCACCUUGUAUUCCCCCAAAUCCCAGGCCAAAGGACUCCGGUCCCCACUCAAGUUUCAGCGCACUCCUGUUCGCCAUUCUGUCCGGAGGAUCAACUCUAUGCUGGGGGAAAGAAGGCCUGCGCAGGUGGGGAACUGCUCCAGCCAGAUUAAAGGCACCAACACCCCUGUGGGGAAGGCUGUCAGCCUGCCGUGUGGACUUUCUUCUGGGACUCCGCUCCAGCCUUACCAGAGCUGUGCAGACCAAGGAGGCCCACCACACGAGAAGAGCUGCUCAACUAAAACCCGUCCCCCUCCAGUCCCGCCCAAGAAGCCGUCCAGCAUGUUCCUCAAGCCCAGGACCUGUGCUCUGGGUGACCUGACCAAUAAGGUACAACCUAAGGCAACAGGUAAAACCCCUGCUGAGGACAACCCCGGAGGUGGAAGUCAGACUUCAGUGGUGCAGCCGGUGUCUGAGAAGGAUCUGUCUCGCUCCAGAUGCUCCCCCAGGAACCCCCUCAAAGAGGGUAGACUGCUGUCAGCCACCAAGCCCAUAGACCUCUAGUACAACUCACUCUUUGCUGCCCACUUUGCCAUGCAGGGCUGCGUUCAGUUUAAGCGUUUAAAUUGGAAAAAAAUUUGUGCUCCAAGGUACACUUUUUUUUUUGUUUUUUUUUUGGAGGUUUGUGUGGCAGGGUGUGGUUUAAAGUCACGAGUGACAUAUUUAAUAGACUGCUGUACAUUCAACUGUUAUUCAGCUCUGUUUUGAUGGAACUGUAGUGCAGUUUAUUUUACAAAACACAACAGCUCAGGGUACCUUUCUGGACUUUAGUCAAUGACUUACAAUUUCUCCAUAUUUUUGUGUCUUCGUUGUUUUCAGACAUAUCAUUUAAUUUAUUCCUAGAUGCUGUUCUGAGUUUGACUUAGGGUACCUGAUCUGAGGUAUGGGUGGCCUUCUCUCUUGCAUUGCCUUUUUUUCUUUCUGCUCUUGGUUUAAAUGGAGUCUGAAUCAGUGUUGAGUGGCUGUGUUUUAACAAUGUUCCUUUCCUGUUAGGCUUGUGUGACAUUCCUGGAUGGUUGGCUGUUUUGGUAGGAUGUUUUAAAGUUAAUCCUAUAUUAUAUUUGCUUUUAUUUAUUUUUUUAAUUGGGGUGCUCAUUUGCAAAGAUUUAGCUAGAGUAAAAGCUUGUGUAAAAAAAAACAAAAUUACAUGUAUUCUGUUAAUUUGCAUUGCAUUUAAUGUGAACUGAUCGUCGCACCUUUUGUGAGGAAUGUGUGAAUAAAACCUACCAAGCAGUAUUCAUUUAAUUCACCGCUCCCUUGCAGUUGUUGUACAACGUCAAACCUAUUCAGUAACGUGUCCCGCAUUAGCAUGUCAACUCUGAUCAUAUACACAAUAAAUGCAAAAAUGUUGAACUCUCAA